AACCCACCCACCCAGUCAGCCAUGGAAGAGUUUGGGUCAGCGUUGGAGAAGAAUGUGGCCGAUUUAACGGUUAUGGACGUGUAUGACAUAGCCGCGGUGGUGGGCCAGGAGUUUGAGCGGAUCAUUGAUCAGUAUGGAUGCGAGGCUCUGUCCAGGCUCAUGCCAAAAGUGGUGCGGGUGCUGGAGAUCCUGGAGGUGAUGGUCAGUAGGAACAGCAUCAGCCCGGAGACAGAGGAGUUGAGGCUGGAACUGGACAAACUACGACUGGACCGGAUGGACCGGCUGGAGAAAGAGAAGAAACACAAGAAGGAGCUGGAGCUGGUAGAAGAUGUAUGGAGAGGGGAGGCCCAGGACCUGUUGUCUCAGAUCGCUCAGCUUCAGGAAGAGAACAAAACACUCCUUACGAACAUGUCCAUCAAAGACCCCAUGAGUGAAGAGGACCUGCAGAGGCACGAAGGUAUGUCGGAGCGGGAGCGCCAGGUGAUGAAGAAGCUGAAGGAGGUGGUGGACAAGCAGAGAGACGAGAUCCGAGCCAAAGACCGCGAGCUCACGCUCAAGAACGAGGACGUUGAGGCACUCCAGCAGCAGCAGUCUCGUCUGAUGAAGAUCAACCAUGACCUGCGCCACAAGAUCUCCGUGGUGGAAGCUCAGGGGAAAGCCCUCAUCGAGCAGAAGGUGGAACUGGAGGCGGGAGCUCAGACACGUGUACAGGAAAUGGGAGCACUUCGGCAGGAAGUAACACGUUUAAGGGAGCGCCUGCAAGGAGACACGCCUCAGGGUUUAGAGGAGCCUCCUCCCCAGCCCCCCUCCCCCGCACAGCCUGGUAGCCCCUGCUCCUCAGAGGUGGGGGCUCAGGGUGUGGGCUGGCCAGAACCAGACAGACACUACCACCCUGAGCUGAUGUUGGGGGGGUACGAUCCGGCCCUGCGCCUCCCGUCCCUGGAUGACGAUGAUGAGGAUGUAGAGGAAGAGGCAGUGUUGUUAUGGGAGGCGAUGUGUGAUGAGGACACACCUGCUCUGUUCCAACACUUUACCAAGGAGGCGCUAUGUGAUGAGGAGGGGGGAGGCCUGGACCAGAAGGAUCCCAACAGGCCCCGGUUCACACUGCAGGAGCUGAGAGACGUUCUGCACGAGAGAAACGAGCUCAAGGCCAAAGUGUUCAUGCUGCAGGAGGAGAUCGCCUACUACAAAAGUGAAGAGGCGGAGGACGAGACCGGCCCCCCAACUCCUUCCCCUUCUCCCGAACAACUGAGGGCGCGGCCCCGACCCAAUGCACAGCCCGAGUCAGGAAUCAAACGCCUGUUUAGCUUCUUCUCUCGCGACAAGAGGCGGAACUCCCAGCGGAAUGCACAGUUUGAAGACAGCUUCAGCUCGUGGGCGGGAAAGGAUGAGGUGUACACCGAACAAGCCCAGGAGGCUUUGCAGCACAUAUAGGGCACGUUCCUCUGACCGGGCAUUGUUGACGCCUGCCAGAUCUUACAACGCAUGGAUAGGUAUUUUAAGUAUCAGCUAACCACAUCACAUGUUAUAGCAAUCUGUCAGGCGAUGAAAUAGUCAAUGACGUGGAACGUGACGUCGUAAUUGGACAGCGCUUUAUGAUGAGGUCACUCAGAACCAUCUCACUGUAAUGCCCCGCUCAUGCCCACCAUGUGAGCUGCAGCAGCACUUAAGGGACAGUUCGAAAUUUACUGGGGUGGGGAGUUGGUCCAAAAUAGGGGAGGGUUGUCAAACAUAUUUUUUUGCUUUGGGGAGGGUUGUGUGAUUUUUUUUUCUAUUGGGCACAGAGGAGGGUGGUGUAUUUUUUCCCUGGUUUACAUUCCCCAUUUAGCAGGUUUUACUAUAUAAUGUCUUCCAUAUAGUCACAUUUCCUCAUCUGUUUGCUUGCACCUCCCCUAUCAAGGUGUUUUGGUACUUCCCUUAUGCACUACACUUUUCUGCAUGAUUACUAUACAGUCGACUCUAUCCUGCCCUCUAUACAUAGUGACAAUAGUGGAUCUGCAAUAAGUUAACUAGCAAUCAUACCACAUAAUAUCAUUCAAAUCUGCACCGAUUUUCAAUAUAAAUCCACAAGAACAAAAACGAAUAGCUGAUGGGCAGUAGAGACGCCAAGGUCAUCAUUGGGCAGGAAAGAACAGUCAAGACAUGAUAUAUGCAGCUCAAAAAGCUCUCCUAUUCAUCUUGUUUAGGCCAAACACAUUUGAUCUACUAUAUAACUGAUUCCCCUCUUCACAGUUCUAAAAAUAGUCAAACGUUUAAUAAAAUAGUGACGAAUUUAAUUCAAAUGAAUCGAUUCUUUUAAAUGAUUCUUUUUUACUAACUGAGCGAUGUGCUUCGCCAGGUCGCAGUUGUAAAUGAGAACUUGUUCUCAACUGGCCUACCUGGUUAAAUAAAAAAAAUUGUACAGUAGUAGUUGGGGUUAAAUUGUGGUGAAUCGAAUCAUGGGAAUCAAAAUAAUAAUUUGAGAAUCGCAAAUAGUAAAAGGAAACAAUUUAGCUGUAGCCUUCCUUUCGAAUUGUGUCGAUGCAAAACUCUUUGUUGAUACUUUAAGUUGAUUUGGACAUUCAAUUUAUGGGACGUUGCAACUCAAUAGAUGCUAGUAGUCAGCCUGAAUUACACACUUCUAAUGGGAAGACUAGAAAAUCCGCGGUGCAUGCUGAAACAGUCAUUUACAAUGCUGAAACAGUCAUUUACAACGUUUCCCCCGCAAACCUUCCAAUUAAAUGUUGACUGCAAAAGUAGGCCUACCUGGGCAGAAUGAUAUCAUGAAGAUUGGUAUCAAUCGGGUGCACAUUUGUUUUGCAUACUCUGCCAUCACAUGUGCAGUACAGAAACCUGACAGGAACCCUUCUAGCCUAACACAAAUGGACUGUGAGUGAAAUUUAGCGGGGACAUGCUUUCAAUGGUGUUCUCCAACACCUGAAACCAAUAUAGUGGAUUAGGGGGGUACCCUGACUGGGACUCAAACCCUGGUGACUGUCAUUCCAAACCCAUUAUACUGUCACAAUCCUCGCUGUAUGAGCCAUGAUACAAUUAAUACCAAGUGAGUUAACCCUAUUGGCACGAUGCAUAGGGUGUUUGCCUUUGACGCCAGUGACCGGGUUUCACUUCCUUGUCCUGUUGUUUGCUACAUUCGUGUCAAAAUUGGGAAUACAAAGAGGCUAACAUCUCUUGGUGAGGCCGCUAGGUCUUGUACAAAGUUUUUUUGUAUUAAUGAAUACAACUUUAUUUUUAAUUUUUAUUAUGAAUAUAUGUUUAUUCGCUGUCUCGCAUCAAAUUAAUCCAUUAUUCAGUUAAUUACAUGUGUAUGGCCUUGGGGACAAUACAUGAUCCUACCAAGACACCACAAUGCAAUGAUUUUAAGGUCUACAAAGGCACAGUACAAGGACAGUCUGGCUGUGUUUUUACUUCUGAUACUGAUGCGCUGUCUGUUGUCGAUCAUCAUUCUCCCAGCAGGCCCACUUAUUCGGGAAAGCUUAAAGCGCGUUCUGCCUCCUUUCCGAUCUGAUCGGCUAUUCCUCGAACCUAACGCUUCAUUAUAGGCUAAAUAUUUGUCAUUUCAACUUUUAAAACGUAUUACAUUUUAUAUGUGGCAUAACCACAACCAGUCAACAAUGUUUUAAUCUGAUUAGUUUACUUCAAAAGUCUCCUGUAGGCUACCUGCGCAUGUUCAUCCACUCCGCUCUAAUAUAAUUCCAGCAUCCAAACUGCAACGGACAUUCAAUCUGUUACAAAACCACAAAAAGUUUCCCGACAUUCGGAGAUUGUCAUGCCAAGCGAUCGACACUGAGUAGGAAGCGGCGUAUUUUCAGUUUGUCAAGAUCUACAUACUCUUAUUUGAUUUUGGUGUUGAAAACGCAAUCCAUGAUGAAACGCUCAAAGUCGGCAAUCGGUAUGCAGUUAUUUGUUGCUUAUUGGUUGUGUGUGGUACAUUGGCAAAGAAACUUGUUAGUCUAACAUUUGUUGCAUAUAUUUGAUAUAAUUAGAAAUAUAGCAUCAAAAUGUUGAAAAUCCGAUUUCCCCCUAGCUGAUCAUUGUCUGCAGCCGCCUCUGAUCGUAGUGUAAUGAGUCAGGGAGAAGAGUGAGCUUGUGAACCCUCAACCUUCUGAUUUUUUUCCCCCCAUACUACAAUCUAUGCAUUGUGAUAAUUGUUUGCUCUAUACCCUUUUUUCAUGUGCCUUGCGACCGUGAUAUAUAGGCCUAAAGGCCGAGACAAUAAGAAGACACAGUGGCAGAAUAAAUUCAACCACACCUUCGUUUCAUCACAAAACCGGAGAGCAAACUCUGUCCAGUGAAGUCCACAAAGCAUUUUGCACAUAACAAACCGUUAUAUGACCUAUAGCAUGGUCAAGCAAGUUAAUGUUUUCUGACAGUUUCGGACCACUAAACAACUAUUGAUUUAGAACCACGGAGAGUUGCCGCAAGUCGCAAAGAAAACAGGAGCUGUCUCCACUAUUCCAGCAACAUUACUGUGCCUGCUGCAGUAUAGUGAUUUUAUGACAUUGCUGCUUCUAAGUGACAGGACAGAGAGAGUUGAAGGUGAAGGGGGACAGAUUCCGUUUGACUUCUGGAAGAGAAAAAAAAACUCCCUAAUGCCUUUAUUUAUCCAAAAGUGAAACCCAGGAGAAUUGACAGAUGCACAGAGCGGUUCCCUUAAUGUUAGAACUGACAGAGACAGUAGGUGUAAGAGAGAGACAGAGUCAGGCUUGGUAAGGCUUGUGGAAAGUACAUAAAGUAUGGUUGAGAGGAGAGCGAGAUGGAGGAACCACGUGAGAAACAACAGAAAGAGAAUCACGAGUCACAGGUUUUAGAGAGGGAGGAGGAGAGUUAUGUCCAUUAAAGAAACGGAAUACGGACCCAGAUGUAGCAGACGCUGAUUAAUCUUCAUACACCCUUGACCUUGAGCUAGACCAGUCAUGUCCUCAGAGGCAGCUAGGGGGCGCUGUGGCUAGGCCCCUCUCACCAGCACUGGCUAAAAGGUGUGAACAUGCAGUAUGUGGUGGCGUUUUUAUUUAACAGAUUGACAUUGUACAUAAAAUAAUACGUGUUACUGGGUGUUGAGUUGGGAUUUUUGAAUUUCACACCUGGAACAUCCUGCCUAUUCCUUGACUGCAUGAUCAAACUAGAUGGUUGGUAACUCUAUUCUCAAUACAACUAUUUUGCUUCCCCAACAACAUGCUCUGCCAAAUACAUACUGUUGUUAGAAGUUUGGGCAGCCUUUUUAGAAUAAAAUGCCCAAGUUAGAGGUUUUAUAUUUUUCAAAUGGUGAAUUAAGCACAUAAAGUUAUAGUUUUACAAUGUCUUAUGGAAAUGGAUGUAUUGUGGAGUAUUUUUGUUUUGAAUUAAUUUAACCAGAUGCUGCUUGCUGCUGCUUUUUUGUUUUUCGGCAUUUUAUGGUGCCUUCAGGACUAGCCAAGUGGUGUACAUAUGAAGCAAAAGUAAACGGUGUUUGAUAUAUAACAUUUGAAUGGGCACCGUGCUGGAACCAAGUGCGACAAGACGAACAACACUCAAAUUUAGAUGCAAAUUACAAUGUUGUCGUGGAAUAUUGGGUUCAAACAAGGAGAAUAGUUUGCCAAACUCUGUGCUAUGGCUGUACGAUGGUUUGUGAGAAGCACAAUGGUCAGUGUGGACGAGGGAGCUUUUGGAUCCUGAGGAGUAGUUCUGACCACGUCAAUCAGACAUGAUGCUACAGCCUGACUAUGAGAACAUUGACACUAUUCUUAUGACCGAAGAACUGUUAAAUAAUUUAUUUUAGAAUGCAAGAGACAAAAUGAAGGUGCAAAAAUAGAGCAACGAUUAUUGUGACAAAAAGGAUUAAUAGUCCAGAGAAAGUAUAUAUUGUCUGCUGGUGGCAACAUCUACAACAUAAUUUACACAUAAAGGGAAAUAAAUAAUACAGUAUUGUUAUCUGAACAUGGGCAGAUGUGUCAUCAUAUACAAACUUUAUGGACCCCCUUCACACCUGGUGGUAGAUUUCUAUUGGAAGAAUUUCAGAUAUGAUGAAUGUCUCGUUGUUUUGAUACAGCUUGUUGCCUUUUAUUCAAAUAUGCCCUGUCAAUAAACAUUGUCAUCCCCAGAA